AUAUUAUAAAGUUAUUCAAUAUAUAACACUAUAUGUAAACGUAUGUUUACCUUUUUAAUGAAACAGUUUGAUCAUUUUGAUCAUAUGAGUAUAAAUGCAUAUUUACUCAUUUAAUGAAACAUUUUGAUCCUAAAAACUAUUUGUGACAAAAAAAAAUUAAUACUAUGUAUUUUUUUUUUAAUGUUCUCUUUAAAUUAAAUAUAGAAGUGUAAAGAAUAAAUAUUACUGAUUCAACGGUCUUGGGCCUAAGCCCAUAUAGUAUUUGUAUCACGAAUUCAAGGCCCUUGAAGCUUCGUGAAACAACAUCGACGAUCUCUCUCAUCUUCUCUCACAUUCACUGGGUUUCGUGUGGUGAUUGAUUGAUCUCGUUUGGAGUUUACGUUGAUAGAGAACGAUGUACAACGGAAUAGGGUUACAGACCGCGAGAGGAUCAGGGACUAAUGGUUACGUUCAAACGAAUGGUGGUAAGGCUGUUAAUGGUGGCAAAGGUUUUUCUGAUGAUCAGGGUACCGCUGAUUUAUCCAAGAAACCUAACAAAGGCGUACUUGAGCAUGACAGUAAGCGUCAGAUUCAUCUUAAGCUUGCUGUGCUAGAAGACAAGCUUAUAAAUCAUGGCUUUUCUGAUGCUGAGAUUGCUCUGAAGCUUGAGGAAGCCAGGUUGAAGUUUGAAGCUUCUGCUGCUGUUUGUAAUGAGAGUCAUGUGCUUAAUGAUGCGAAGAUCUCUGAUACGCAGACGCACCAGGUUGCUGCGAGGAAAGAGAAGCAGAUGGAGGCGUUUCGAGCUGCGCUGGGUUUGCGUGAUCAACAGCUGGCUGAAGAAAGUGCCACUGAUGAUGAGGCAACAGGUGGUAUAGUGAAAUAGAGGCGGGAACAUUCUUUUUUUUGGACCGAGGUAGUGGGAUGUUUCUUCUGGAAAAAGACAUGUGACUGGGUAAGGAAGACAGAGAUGACAUAAAGAGGUAGCAAGGAGCAUGAGAACACAAACAAGGGCAGAUCAAGUGGGAAGAGAUCCUCCUAUGGUGAUAGAUAUUAAUGACUUUGUUUCAUAUGUACGUUCUUCAGUUUCACAAAUGGUGUUUUUUUUUUAAAAUGGGUUUAGUCACCACAAUCCUUGUUUUGCUUGCAAACUGACAUGAUCAAGAGGUUACAUGUUGGUCAAAGGUUGUAUCUUGAUCACACAUCUUUCUAGGAUGUAAUGAUUAUGUUAUUUCAGUGGAGAAGCCAUAUUAGCAUAACUGGAAAAACUAGCUGCUUAGCAUCAGGACCUUAACUUCUUGAUGGAGUAUUUCUCGGCAGUGAGUUUGUUUCUCUGUUUCCUAGCAUACACCUGUUGUGUUUGUAGACGGACAAGCCAACAAUCAUCCCUGAAGAUGUGACUGGAAAUGUUUAAUGUGAGGAAUGGGGAGGUUUCAUGGAAUGGAGUCUCUGCUCUUAUUAAGGCUGCUAAGAAUAUGAAACGAAGUGCAUUCCAUGACGUUGUUGACCUUUGAUAAUGAUUCUUCUCGUGAUGUUAAUGUGAACAUAUAGUAGAUAGUAAGCAGCUUAUCCUCAAUACAUUCCCAGCGGUAUUUGCAUUAUUUUAUAACAUGUAGCUGCUUGUUUAUCUGAUAUAUGGUAUCACAUACCAAAGAAAGAAGAUUCGAAAUUAUGAAAUUAGUACUUUCCUUAAAGCAUCAAAAUAGGGUUUUGAUA